AUGACCCACUACAUCCGACACUUGUCAUUCGGGGAGGACUACCCGGGCAUUGUGAACCCCCUGGACCACACCAACGUCACUGCACCCCAAGCCUCCAUGAUGUUCCAGUACUUCGUGAAGGUGGUACCCACAGUGUACAUGAAGGUAGAUGGGGAGGUGCUGAGGACAAAUCAGUUCUCUGUGACCAGACACGAGAAGGUCGCCAAUGGGCUGAUGGGUGACCAGGGACUUCCUGGAGUUUUCGUGCUCUAUGAGCUCUCGCCCAUGAUGGUGAAACUGACGGAGAAGCACAGGUCCUUCACGCACUUCCUGACUGGUGUGUGCGCUAUCAUUGGAGGCAUGUUCACAGUGGCUGGACUCAUCGAUUCACUCAUCUACCACUCGGCUCGAGCCAUCCAGAAGAAAAUUGAUCUUGGGAAGACAACGUAGCUAUCUUCUUCCCUUUCUAUUCUCUUCAUCUCCCGUUUCUCUUUGGCCUUGUGGUCAUUUCGCAGCCUCCCCUCCAACCCCUCCGACCCUCUGGAGCAUCGGUCUCAGCACAGGUUGAUAAAUCUAUGGAUUGUUAUAGUA